AUGCCUAAUGCUUCGAAUAACAACGACGCCGAAACGUCUUUAUCUACAACAACAGAUAUUGUCAAUAACAGAUUGCCAACUCGGCCAGACGACAUUGGCAAGUCGCUGACAAACCCAAAAAUCACCGUCAAAGACAUGUCGAUUAUUACCGAUCAAAAUCUAGUUACUUCGCCAGAGGAUUGCGAUAAUAUUGUGACGAUAAAUCAAGGAUUACUUGACCGCACAUCAACAAUUUCAACAUCGGAAGGUGUAGACAGUGUAACAACAACAAACGUGGAGAAUAUUGAUUUCACAACUAAUUCAGACGGUGUUGAUGAUAAAUUUACAACUGGCUCAGAAGGUAUUGAUAAUGAAGUGACAACUAACUCAGACGGUGUUGAUGAUAAAUUUACAACUGGCUCAGAAGGUAUUGAUAAUGAAGUGACAACUAACACAGACGUUGAUGAUAAAUUUACAACUGGCUCAGAAGGUAUUGAUAAUGAAGUGACCACUAACUCAGACGGUAUUGAUGAUAAAUUUACAACUGGCUCAGAAGGUAUUGAUAAUGAAGUGACAACUAACUCAGACGGUAUUGAUGAUAAAUUUACAACUGGCUCAGAAGGUAUUGAUAAUGAAGUGACAACUAACUCAGACGGUGUUGAUGAUAAAUUUACAACUGGCUCAGACGGUAUUGAUAAUGAAGUGGCAACUAACACAGACGUUGAUGAUAAAUUUACAACUGGCUCAGAAGGUAUUGAUGAUGAAGUGACAACUAACUCAGACGGUAUUGAUGAUAAAUUUACAACUGGCUCAGGAGCUAUUGGUAAUGAAGAGACAACUAACGCAGACGAUAUCGAUAAUAUACUGAAAACUAACACAGAAAGUAUUGAUGAAUCAUUCACAACUAUUGCAUACGGUAUUGAUAAUGAAUCGACAACUAAUCUAAAUAAUCAAGACAAUCACGUGAUCACUAUGCAUAAUAGUGUUGAUGAAAUAAGAACAACUACAGGAAAUGUGUUAGAAAACGCCGUGGAGAGUGGAUGUGGAGAGAAUGUUGAAGACCAUCCAAUUGACACUCUCUACACAAAUGAUAUUGAACUAAGGGACCCUGGUUAUGUGAACAGUGAACUACAGCAUGAAUAUACUGUAGGCACUAAAGUGGAACUGACCUGUAAAGGAUUAUCCGGCAGUGACGGUCUGGCACACAAAUGGCUGGUAGCAUCGGAUGGGGAUCCUUGUAAUACUAUCAACGUACCUUUGGUGAUUUUUUCACCGAUCAUUGAACUAGAUGGCUGUACUUAUAUAGUCAAAACUAAUGCUAUCCUAACCAUUCCUAAUGAUACACGGACAAUAGUUGUGUGGUGCUUGGUAUCAGAUGCAAGAACAGCAGAAGAGGAAUGCGCCAAUAUCACAGAAAACAGCCUGACGAAAAGUGUUGUUAUCAUACCCGGCUUGAGUUUGACUGCAAAUACAUUAUCAUGGCAGAAUUUCGUAUGGGCAGAUGGCUCACCACUAACAUUCAGAGAAGUCAUAGACGAUUUGUCUUGCUUCGUUUGCCUUGAAGACUAUCCCGUUGUGGUAGCGAUGGUAUAUAGAGAAUCCUUGAGAAGCAUUACGUGGGUUCCAGCAUUAGACGACACACAUGUAGCGUGUGAAUGGCGAAUGGAACAUCUACGUACGGAUAGAUAUGGUCUCAGUCUGCCAACAGGUAACUAUGACUACACCGGAAACAAGGCGAUGUUCCAUUGUCAUUCGGGCGAGUAUAUAUCUGCUGUUUAUUUAUGUGAUGGAACAUCUGACUGUAAUGACGUUACAGAUGAAAUGACCUGUGACAGAGGAUGCCUUGGCGCUACUUUUCAAUGUGAUUACGGCGCCUGUAUUCCAGCAUCCAAAAGUUGCGACUUUAUAAAAGACUGCGCCGACGGCUCAGAUGAGUUAUUAUGUAAUCACCCUUCUUGCGAUGACGGAUAUUGGCAAUGUGCUAAUAAGGAAUGUAUACCAGUUUAUGAUAUAUGUGAUGGUGACCUGGAAUGCGUAGAUGGAAGUGACGAAUCUCACGAACUCUGUACAGAUAGAAACGUUCUACCAUCAGAAUAUACUUUCCGGUGCCUUGAACCGAACCGUAUUUUACCGUUGGCGAGGAAAUGUGACGGUGUGCAUGACUGUAAAUCGGACGAAUCAUCAUGUUCGUCAUUUACGACCUACUUCUCCUGUUCUUCAUGGGUCGAAAGGACAAACGAUGUCGCCUCGUCUGAGGUAUCGGUUGACUACGGAAUGCCACAAUACGGAAAAGUAAGCGUACACUGCCUCAUCUCCAACAUGACAGUUGACACAACCUGGACAUUCUUACCAGAACAAGAUGUAGUGAUACCAUACGAGGUAGUAUCAAUUGUGUCUAAUGCAUUUUGGUUUGAGACAAAGUGGUCCAAUAGGCAAUUUCAAGAGAUCGCUUACCAGUCUCGAUUUCAACAGAAGGCAAUGCUAGCUGCAGCAUCAUCUUGUGUGCAGUAUAUUCGGCCAUGUAGCUACUUCGUUUACAUCCCUGGAGUUGUGAUUGAGUGGACGAACGGAGAUGGUGAUUUACACAGUAUGGAAAUUGCUGAUUACGAAGGAUGUUUUGGAUUAUAUCUACACUAUCACAACAGACAGCCUAGUUACGUUCCAUGUAAAAAUGGUCUUUAUUAUGACCCAUCCCUUCAGUGCUUGAUGAAUUUUGACCCUACUGGAGAGCCGAUGGCCUGUCGUGACCUCACGCACCUCGAAAACUGUGAUCGUUUCACGUGUCCCGAAUACUAUGUUAAAUGUCCAGAUUCUUUCUGUAUCCAUAUGAAAUAUAUAUGUGACGGUACUGGGCACUGUCCAAACCGUGAGGACGAAUUAGACUGUGAUUCACCUAACUGUACAAAUCACUACCGAUGUCGAGGUGGUCGCCCAUGCAUUCCAUUUUCAUAUAUUUGUGACGGGGUAAGGCAUUGUCCCCUUGGAGACGAUGAAAGUCACUGUGAAGAAACGUGUCCAACCGGAUGUUCCUGUCAAACACUAGCCUUUACCUGCGAAAGCGAAAGUAAUGAUCUUCACUUGAGCAACAUAACAACUGAGGCGCGAUGGAUUAGCAUAAGGACUAGCUUAAGAAAUAUAACAAACCAUUUUCCAUUAUCUUUUCCAUUACUUACCACUCUAAUACUAAAGUCGUGUGAUUUACAAGGCCUGACAGUUGAUGGCACAUCCAUUUUUCAGAACAUGGCUGCUCUCAGACAUCUCGAUAUGUCGUCAAACAGAAUACAAAGUCUACCUGAUGGUAUAUUUGCUCAUGUAAAAGAACUUAGGAACCUUAUACUUAGCGGAAACCCAAUAUCAUCACUUUCAAAUGGAGCUUUAAGUGGUUUGAAAACUUUAAAAGUCCUAGUAUUAUCGCAUUCGAAUAUAAAGCAACUAGCCACUGAAGUGUUUUCAGGAGUUCAACAACUUCAACACCUAGACUUGUCAGCAAACUUGAUCAGUAGACUUCCUAAUGGCAUGUUUAGUAAAUUAAAUGCUUUACAAACAUUAAAGCUGAAUGACAAUCCACUAGUAUAUAUAGAUGUUAACGCGUUCUCAAAAUUGUACUCCUUGUCUUACUUACAACUUUCAAAGAUCAAUACAGAGAUAAUCUUAUCUGGAGUAUUCAAAAAUCUUCAUUCUUUGACAGAUUUAAAUCUUAGUUCAAGUGGCAUAUACAAUCUAGGAUUGAGAAGUUUUCAAAGUCUUAAGAAAUUGGAAAGUUUGGACAUUCAGAACAACUACUUCGAGGUCCAAGAAUUCAUGUUUGAUGGUCUUCAUACUCUUGAAUAUCUUUAUGCAGAUUCGUACAAGAUGUGCUGUAUUAAACCGAAGUCGGUCCUGGAUGAAAACUGUUUCGCUCCUCAAGGUCUCAUUUCUUCAUGUUCGGAUCUAAUAGGUUCUGACUUCUUGCGAGGAUGUCUCUGGAUUAUAGGUAUACUGGCCUUGGUUGGAAAUCUCUUUGUCAUAAUAUAUCGACUGGCAGUUGAUAAAAUAGAUUUAAAGAAGAGUCAUUCCAUAUUUAUAAUCAAUCUGAGCAUGUCUGAUUUUAUCAUGGGCAUCUACAUGCUUAUCGUCGCUUCCGUCGACACCCGUCUCAGGGGAAGGUAUGUUGUGAAUGACCAGAAUUGGAGACAAGGAGCACUCUGUGUAACCGCUGGAUGUCUAUCCGUGAUAUCAAGUGAAAUGUCUACCUUUGCUAUUCUUAUGAUCACUGUUGACAGAUUCAUCGCCAUUGUAUUCCCAUUAUCACUACGGAAGAUUACAUGGAAAACUGCAGUGUUCGUUUCUAUGCUGCUCUGGGUUGUUUCGCUGAUGCUGGCAAUUGUCCCCCAUGCUAUGUUCCAGAGUUAUUUCAAGGGACAAUUUUACUCUCGAUCGAGUGUCUGUCUCGCCUUGCCUCUUACAGGAGGAGAUGUGCCAGGCCGGGAGUAUUCUAUCGCCAUAUUCAUAGCACUGAAUGGCUUUAUAUUCCUGAUGAUUCUUAUCUUACAAUUAAUCAUCCACAGACACUGUAGAGACAGUGGAACCAUCGCCACGACACAAAACCGGAAACGAGAAAUAGCUCUAGCAAGAUCUCUUUUCCUUGUUGUUGCCAGUGACUUUCUGUGCUGGUUUCCGAUUGGUGUUAUAGGUGUGUGGACACGGUCGGGAGGAACAGUGUCGGCUGACGUGUACGCGUGGGUGAUGGUGUUUGUACUUCCGAUCAACUCUGCGAUCAACCCUUUCCUCUAUACGUACAUCUACAUCAAGCGUAAAGUGGAAAUCAACUUCGCCACCAAGGGAGCAAACCGUUUACCAGACACAUCUAAAGGGAGACAACUAAUGACUGAAGGGUUCAAUGCAAGUAAUAACCUGAAAGAGAUUUACUUCAGUCAACUCUUCAGACCACAUAAAAGCUAUGUAUGUAUGGAGCAGUACGCAAAAGGUUACAAAGUAUCGCCAACACAGGCGUAUCAGAUCUCCAGGAUGGUCAUUAUGGCCGUAUCAUUCCUGCACCGUAGAAACGUGAUACACGGAAAUGUUUCAGACAGGAAUGUUUACAUUACUAACAACACAAAGGCGGUGAAACGAGCUAGACUGAUGCUGGACCAGCGUCCGAUAGGCGGGGAUCACGACAGCCGUUCAGACAUUCUGCAGUACGGACAUUUAGUCAAGAAACUACUGAGAAUACUUAAUAGACGUUAA